GGACCUCCCCCUGUGAUGUGUUUGGUGUGAAGCUUAUAUUGGUGUGAAUCGGAAAUGUUGCAUACUAGAGUAGCAAACAGUGCGUUGGCGUGUGUUACACAUACUUCCUUUUCAGCUGAAAAACCUCAGAUCAAGAGGCUCAGAAGAACACGAGGAAGAGAACAUCUUGAGUCAUUUUCUCAGCUUCCUUGCUGGACCACUCUUUUUGAUUGACAUGUCAAACCCCGUCAUCACUCAACCUGGUGCAGGCUCUUAUGGUACAAAUGUGCAGACAGGAGAGUGGAGCACUGGUCUUUGUUCUUGCUGCAGUGACCUACUUGUCUGUGCCCUUGGCUGUAUCUGUCCAAUAGCUCUCGGCUGUUACACAGCAAACAAGUAUGGAGAGAAUGUAUGUCUCUCUUGUAUACCUGGAGGAAUGGCUGCUAUGAGGACACAUAUGCGACUGACCUAUGGAAUACAGGGCACAAUAUGCAAUGAUGCUUUAAUGGCCUGUUGCUGUGGAGUAUUUGAAACAUGUCGAAUGGCCAGAGAAAUUCGUAUCAGGAAUGGAGAGACCUAAUUACUGUCUUUACUAAGAACAAAGUUUCAUUUUUUUUUUCUCUUUCAUUUUUUUUUUUAAGCAUUCAUGUUUAAGUAAAAUCAACAGUGUCAUGCAUUAAAUUAUAAUCUUUAUUUUCAAAAUUAUAAUUUAACAAACUAUAAAAAUAUAACUAACUUUGCAAUACAAGGGUUCACUGCAAUUUAAAAGGUUUAUUUU